AUGCGGUGGGUCAGGGGAGUGGCCCUAGUCGUUUUCGGAUUGACGAUGGGGACAUGUGGAAUGCAAAUGAUCCGCAUGUCUGAACUCAAGAAGAAAGAGCAGAAACUCGGGGAGAGCCGCAAAUUGUUCAUCCUGGGCAUGGCUAUGAAUAUCUUGCUGGGCCCUCUGUUUGAUGUCGCUGGCUAUGCCUUUGCGGCGGCUGCUGUCCUUGCACCAUUUUCUGGCGUUAAUAUUGUGAUCAAUGCUGUCAUUGCUCCCUUCACCUUAGGUGAGAAGCUCACAAACCGCAGAUUGAUUGCAUCCGCCAUCAUCUUUAUCACGGCCACGGCGUCGAUGCUGUUCAAAAAUCACAAUGAAGAUGAAGAGGUCUGGACCUUAGAACGUGCUGAAACUGUUCUCUUGCGAUGGAGCGUCUUGGUCUACUGCUUGGUCUUUGCUCUGUGGUUCUGUGUGAAUGUGUGGCUUUGCAGACGUUCGGCGAAAGGUUCAGUGCUACGAGGAUUCUCGUUGGGAGCCACUGCAGGCUCCAUGGCAGGGAACAUGUGGUGCACGCGCGUGGCAGCAGUUUUCGCAGCUGACUGCGCUUCUGCACACGUUUGCAGCCCCUGGGGGCACUGGCUCCCAUGGAUUGUUUUGACUGGAGCGGUGUUUUUCGCGGUGGUUAAUGCGCCAUACAUGGCGAAGGGCAUGCAGAAAUACGAAGCUCUCUAUAUGGUGACGGUGUUCCAGGGGUCCAACAUUGUCUCAAACAGCCUCAGUGCACUCAUCAUCUUGCAGGAGAUGGACGGAGCACCUUGGUGGAAACUGCUGGGCUACAUCGGGUGCAUCGUGGUCAUGAUUGGGGCGCUUUGGUUCUUAGUCUCAGGGGAAGAAGCCGUUUGUCCCAGCAACGAACUGGAUGACGAUCUGCGACGCAUGCUUUCCAUGGAAGAAGGCAGUGAACUUGAAGACAGUGAAUCGGAAGACGAACCUGAUCUGAUGGACUUCGUCCGCGCAAUGUCGCUGGACCAAUUUUCACCACUGUCGUUUUCUUCAUGGUUAUCGCAUGCAGAAGAUUCACAAGAUGGGGAAGGAUCGCAGAACGGGGAGGAGCAGCAACAAGAGGAGUCUGACAAUGCCUGA